AUGGCCGUAGACACAGCAAGAGAACGAGCCCUGCAGAAGCGGAUUAAGGAACUGGAAGCAGAGCGCGAUGAGCUGCAGCGGGAUCUGGAAGGGAUGUGUCUGCAGCAGGUGGGGAGCGCUGGAGCCGAAGACGCCAUGGCUCGCAUGCAGGCUAGAAGGGUGGCCAACCUAGAAGCAGAGCUCGCCACGUGUCGCCACACGAUUGCGUCGCUGGAGAUGGAGAUUGCGGACGUUCGACAUGACCUGCAGGACGCGGAACAGAAGAAGCGCACGGCAGCAGAGGAGGAGGUGCGGAUUUACCAGCGGCAGGCGGCAGCAGCACCCCAUUCGCCCUGUUCCCCGUCCCCAUUUUCAAUCCGCACUUCACCCCUAUCCUCCUUUCUUGUACCCCCCCACCAGCGCACGGCAGCAGAGGAGGAGGUGCGGUUUUACCAGCGGCAAGCGGCAGCAGCACUGGAGCAGCGAGACCAACGCACGGCAGCAGAGGAGGAGGUGCGGUUCUACCAACGGCAGGCAGCAGCAGCACUGGAGCAACGAGACCAAGUGACUCUGGAGCUGGAGCAGCUGAGAACGACCAAGGCGGAGGGAGAGGCGCGAGCCAAGGCGGAAAUAGAGCAGCUGCGGAAGGAAAAGGCGAGUGCUGCGGAGAAAAGCCGAGCUGAGAUCGAAAAGCUGAUGAAGGAGAAGUGGGACGUUCUAGAGAGGGAAACGGGGACGGAAGCAGACUCCAGUGAGCCGGACAAAGAUCCGUUUUCUAGCAAGGAUAAUUUUCCUUAUAGCAAGGACACGUACGGGGCUUCUGGGGACCUGUAUGGGGCAUCUAAGGAUCUGUAUGGUGCGGGUAGGGACCCGUAUGGGGAGGAGCCGACGGAGGAGAUGCUGUCUCAGGCGAUGAGGGAGAAGGUGCAGGCGCUGGUGAUGCUGGCCGCGGAGGAGGAGAGGCAUUUGAGGGACUCGCAGCUGGUGGGGAGUUUGAGAGAGACGAUCGCUGGGUUGAACGCCACCCUGGGGCAGGUGACCGCCGAGAAGGUGAAGGCGCUGAUGCAGCUGGCAGACACGGCAGCCGAGGCGCAGCAGCUGAGGGACGAGAUGGCAGCGCUGCAGCAGGAAGUGCGGAAGCGAGACGAGAUCAUUGCCAGAGACUCCCUCCCCUGGCAGAGCGCGGAGACAGCAGGAGUCUGGUCCGCUGGUUCAGAGAGCACCAUGAUUCCCGCCCUCUGGUCCUCCUCGCCCUCCCACGACCCGUUUGACAGCAGCGCUGCCUCCGAGUAUGGGGGGCUGGGAGGGGCGGGGGCGGGGGCAGGAGGCGGGGGCGGGGGUGGGGGUGUGUAUGGCGGCAUGGUGGCAAUGGGAGGGGGACUGCAGGGCCUGCAAAGCUCGUUCCAUUCGGAAAGCAGCUUCGGGAUGGGAGGGGGAGGCGGCGGAGGAGGAGGGGGAGGAGGAGGGGGAACAGGGGGUGGAGCAGGGCCGGGGUCAGCAGGAGCAGCACCAGCAGGAUUCUCCCUGUUCAGUCUCUUUCGGGGGAAGGGUACAGGGGGAGGCACGUCUGGUGCAGGCGGAACUGGGGCAGCCGGAGGGGGGGGAGGGGGGAUAGGAGGGGGAGGCGGGAGCGGAGGGUCGGCGUAUCUGACUAAUGGGAGCAGCAGGGGGAGCACUCCUAGGGGCGAGAUGGAGAGGGAGAGAGAGAGGGUGACGCCGUCAGUGGUGGCGAGGCUGAGGGUGGAUAUAGCAGCUCUUGAAGAGGCUCUGGCAACGAUUGAGCAGAUCGCUCAAACCUCGUCUGAAAUGCGCUCGUCCCUCGCUCAGGUGAGGUUGCUGUACGGGGGAAAGAUUGGUAUAUGGGCGAGAGGGUGA